UUGUACUAUUAACCUUAACAAACAAACGUUAACAGAGGGACAAACAAAGAGAGAGGGAGAGUUGGGCGGCUUUUCUUCGCUUUCCUUUCGCUUUUUAAAAAGUAAACGAACCCCAAAACUUCUUCUUAUCUCUCUCUCUCUCUCUUCUCUCCCUUCACUUUUUUGGGGUACAACUCUCUCUCUCUCUCUCUCUCUCCCUCUCUCUCUCUCUCUCUCCCCAAAUAUAUGCAGCUUGCCGGCAUCUGAUCCAAGAAUCUAAGCCCCCAAAGUUAGCCAUUGUUCGAAUGAUCUGUAGUUGACUUGGUAUCAUGACGAGGAUAGGCCGUGAUUUUGGCGAUUCAAUGAAAAGGCAGGCAGUUCCUCCGGUCUCAGCGGAUGUGAUCUUUGCUUCUAGUCGGUUUCCAAAUUAUAGAAUUGGUGCCAACAACCAAAUUGUGGAGGUGAAGGAGGACAAAAAGUUGCUGACAAUGAAGGAAGUUGUUGCCAGGGAGACUGCCCAGUUGCUUGAGCAGCAGAACCGUCUCUCGGUUCGUGACCUUGCUAGUAAAUUUGAGAAGGGUUUGGCUGCUGCUGCUAAGUUGUCUGAUGAGGCUAGACUCAGGGAGGCAGCUUCAUUGGAGAAACAUGUACUUUUGAAGAAGCUUAGAGAUGCACUGGAAGCAUUAAGAGGCCGUGUGGCGGGUAAAAAUAAGGAUGAUGUAGAGGAUGCUAUUGCUAUGGUUGAAGCUUUAGCAGUUCAGCUGACUCAGCGGGAAGGAGAGCUAAUUCAGGAGAAGGCAGAAGUGAAAAAACUAGCUGAUUUUCUUAAGCAGGCUUCAGAAGAUGCAAAGAAACUUGUUGAUGAAGAAAGAGCCUUUGCUCGGGCUGAGAUUGAGAAUGCCAGAGCUGCAGUUCAGAAAGUGGAAGAGGCCCUUCAAGAACAAGAAAGGAUGUCUCGUGCUUCAGGGAAACAGGAUUUGGAAGAAUUAAUGAAGGAGGUCCAAGAAGCUAGACGCAUCAAAAUGCUACAUCAGCCUAGCAAGGUUAUGGACAUGGAGCAUGAGCUUCAAGCAUUGAGAAUUCAGCUUGCUGAAAAAUCUAAACAAUCUCUUCAGCUACAGAAAGAGCUGGCAAUAAGCAAGAGGGGCGAGGAAAACAUGAAUCACUCUUUUGAAAUAGAUGGCACUGAAGCUCUGGGUUCAUAUUUGAGGAUCCAAUCAUGCUCUGAUACCACCGCAGAACUUUCGGGAUGCUCAAUUCAGUGGUAUCGUUUGACAACUGAAGGUGGCAAAAAGGAUCUUAUUUCAGGAGCCAUCAAACCAGUAUAUGCCCCAGAGCCUUUUGAUGUUGGUCGAAUUUUGCAAGCUGAAAUAAUUUCUGAUGGCCAGAAAUUCACGUUGACAACCACUGGUCCCAUUGAUCCUGCUGCAGGAUUGGGAAACUAUGUGGAAUCAUUGGUGCGAAGGCAUGACACCGAGUUCAAUGUAGUCAUUGCCCAGAUGAAUGGGGUAGAUCAUCCAUCACGUUCUAUCCAUGUCCUUCAUGUGGGUAAAAUGAGGAUGAAACUUUGUAAAGGCAACACAACAGUGGCUAAAGAGUACUAUUCUACUUCAAUGCAGUUAUGUGGAGUUCGAGGUGGUGGAAACGCCGCAGCUCAGGCAUCAUUUUGGCAAGCGAAAGAAGGGCUUUCCUUUGUAUUGGCAUUUGAAUCAGAAAGGGAAAGGAAUGCAGCCAUUAUGCUUGCCAGGAGGUUUGCAUUUGACUGCAAUAUCAUGCUUGCCGGGCCAGACGACUAGCCGACCUGACAACUUUACGUUGGACUCGUCUUAAAUUGUAAUUAUAGUGAUGUCUGUGUAUCAUUUAUCUACAGGGUUUGUGAAAUGUGCCAUCAUAGCAUGAUUGUGAUGUGGGCUUCAACCAUUCUUUUUGAUCCCUUUUUUUGGUUUUUUAUUUUUAUUUUUUUCUCUUCCUCAGCCACGACCAAAGCAUAGUUUUUAUCUGCUUUGCCUGAUUGUAACAAGUUUUCACCAUUGAAUUUGAAGUAUGUAAUGUGCCAUUCUGGACAAACAAUCUCUGAUUGCAACAAGUUUUCUUCGACUUA